UUUAAAACGUAUACAAAAACAUUCUUUCGUCAAUAAACGCAAUGAAAGUAAAAAAAGUGCAAGAAGUAUUAUUUUCCUAUUAAUAUUUAUAGAAAAAAAAUAUAUGGUGAAAAAUUUAUUGCAUAUUUCAAAUAUAUCUAUAAUAAAAUUAUCGUGUAAAAGAUUUUAAUUGACAUCUCUUAUAUGAAGAACUAAACAUAACCUAUCGAAUAUCCUGAAUCAUGUCUAAGAGAAAAAGUAUCAAUAAACGCAUGUCUAGAUACAGUCAUCGAUCUAGUGCAGGAUCUGGCUUUCUGGAUCCAAAUUCAGAAGUAUUUGAAGAGGAAGAACCUUUUUGGUGGAAUAACUUGACAAACAAUGUUAAUUCCCAUUUGCCAAAAUACAAUGCAACAAAUGAGACAAGUAAAUAUUUAGAUUCUGAUUCACAAAUGCAAUCAACUAGUACAAAUCAUGAAUGGUGGAAAAUGUUAGAAACAUCAGAUUCUGAAGUUUUAAAUAACUUACCAAUAGUACAAAACAAAAAACGAUCAGUAGCAGUUUCAUUGGAAUUUAAAAAAAUGAUUACAUCUGAUACGGAUGAAGAUGAAGAUAAUCCACCAUUACAAAAAAGAAAAAUUACAAUGCGUAAUAAAUCAAAAAAAAGUAAAAGUAAUGCCUUUUUAAAAGCAUUAAACGAUACAAGAAAUUCGGAAUCUCCUGCAUCAAUGAAAAAAAAUUCUAUUUCUAAGCUUAUAAAUGAUGCACCCACUAAUAAAAAAUCACUACAAGAAUUGGAUCCUAAACAGAAACAUAUGAGUAGAAAGAGUAACGAUAGUAUUGCAACAAGUAUUGAUCAAAGUCACACCAUAGAUAAAAUCUUAAAAUCAAAGCCAAAUGUUUUUAGAAAAAAAUAUAAAGAAACAAGUGAAAAUGCGUUUGAAAAUCUACUAAAAUCAAAUGAAGAUUUACAUAAUAAAACAGAAAGAACUGAAACGAUGUCUAAAAGUUUCUUUGCUAAAUUAAUCGAAAGAAAACAGACAUCAAAAGAAAAUGUUUUUGACAUAUCAACAGAAGAAAAUAAAUCAAAGACAAUUCCAUUAAAAAAAUCUAUCAUAGAUCCAAAUAUUUCAAUACACGACGGUAAUCUCAUUUAUCUUAAUCGUUCUGAUUCAAGUUUUAGUCUUUUAAAUAAUACUAAUGAAAAUGAUAAUUUAGAAAUUCAACCUAAUCAUACACAUGAACCUUCACAUAAAAAUGUUUCUGCAAAUAUCUCUAUAAAUCAAAAACAAUCUUCUGUAGUGGAAAAAAAUGCAAAUUUGACUAUGUAUCCUAGCACUUCUCUUAAAAAAAGUAAUGAUUCUACAACAAAUAAUAAGAAAAUUGAAAAUCACGAAACUAUCAAUACAGGAGAAACAUCGUUAGCAAAUAUAAGACAUAUACAUACUCCAAAUAAUAGUAGAAUGGAGAAUAGUAAAAAUUUCAGAAUAAAUAAUUCUAAUGUAAGAAAAACAAUUUAUGCAUCAGAACAUGAAAGUAUGGAUGAAAGGAAUUUGAUGGCCAAAAGUAAUAAUGAAAAUAAUAUAUUUCAAACAUUAUCUAUCAAUAUAGCAGCAAAAAAUUCAAUGAAUUUGUCUAAUUCUAAAUCUAGAGAAACCAAUAAUUUGGAAAAUAAAAAAACUUCAUUCAGAAUAUCAUCCGAACCAAACAAUACAAACAAUAGUAUGCAUGGUAGAAAUUCCACAGAUUAUAAUUCAAUUAAUAUUACUGAAGUAGGUAUUUUUUCAGGAAAUCAAAUACAUACAAUAAAUAGUAGUAAUAAAUCAGUGCACAUAGCAAAUGUAAUAACAGAUGUAAGUAAAAAUACAACAUUAAAAGCAAAGAUGUCUACAUCUGAGAAUACAAAAAUACAAGAUAUUCCUAAGUUGAAUGAAGAAAAUGUUUUAAAAGAUAAUGACAAGAUACAAGCAAAGGACUUAUAUAUAAAUGCAUUUAGCUUAAAUCAAAAAUCUUUAAGAACAAUAGAUGUUGUUACUGAUGAUAAUGAACAAAAUGAUAAUGAACACUAUAUAGAUGAACGUAAUCAUAAAAUAUUAAAUUCAAUUAAUACUGAUCACCAAAAAAAAAUUAGUGAAUACUUUACGGUUACAAAUUCCAAGUUGGUUUCUUCAACCAAAGCAAGACAAUCAAAACGUUUUCAACUGAGUAAUACUAAAAAAGAUGAAGAAAUCAAGGCAAGAUUGAAUAAAACGCAGAAAACAAUUAUUAGUAAGGCAGUUAAUGUGCAUCUUACCAAACCAAAAGACCUACAAUUAAAAAAGAAGCAAAUAAUAGCAAAAAUAGAAAAACUCAGAAAUGAAGAAAAACAAAAAUACUCUACAAGAGAUAAAAUUAAUGAAGCUUAUAUAGUGAAUGGACAAGUGUAUAAAAGACCGAAACUUCCACGUCCAAAAUAUUGGGUAACCGAUCGUCUUUAUCGUUUUCUUUGGAAAAUUAUGGAACCAGAAAGCAAAUUAUUAACAAGAGUGCAUUCUGAAAAAUUUGUGCAAGAACUAUCUGACAUUGUAUCCAUUAUUACAAAGUCUAAGAAAUACGAAGAUUACGAAACCAUUUUAAAUAAUUUAAUGAAAAAAAUGGCAAAUUUAGGUAUUAUUCAUACACGUAAUGAUUUUUAUAAUUUUUGUUACGAUUUUCUUCCUUAUGAUUUUCGCGUUAAAGUAGUGCCAAUGAUACUUCCUGGUAAUGUUAGAAAUAUACCAUAUGAUCCAGAAACUUUGAAUAAAUCUUUACUUCAAUAAUUUAUUAUGAUUAUACGCAGAACUAAAUAAACAAUAAUUUUAAUUGUAUAAUAUG